AUGAAGUUCACAGACGGAUUAUGGCGCCGCCCUAUUGGGGAGGAUUUUCAAGGUGGUGUCGAGGUGGUAGAAGUUCUCGAAGCUAGCAAUGCUGGGCUCGAGUACAUCGUAGCACCGCGGCAUGUUGGCAGGCGGGGUGAUACCCUCAACAGUGCUCUCUUGACAGUCCGCGUCAGCUCGCCCCAAGCGGAUGUCCUCAAAGUGACGGUGGAGCACCAUCAAGGUCAGCUCGACCCUGGUCCGCAUUUCGAGCUACAUCCGGAUGGUCCUCCUCCUUCUUUCGAGACCACAUCGGACGUAUCCAAUCCCGACCUGGUCUCCUUUACCUCUGGCACCCUCUCCGUCGGCGUGAACACCAAGCCCUUCACAUACGGGAUGACCUUUACCGACUCGGCCAACCCCACUCCUCACCUUACGUCCGUCGAGACGAAAGGCCAGGCGGUCGUCGAUCUCCCAUACCACUACACCCUAUCCAGCAUGUCGAAUACCUCCUGCCUCUCCACACUGCACGCCGCUCAGCCUCUCCACCAAAAUACAACACCCGGCCAGCGCACAAGCGGAGGAUGGGUCCGCUUCAUGCUGAAUGAGAUGGACUUGGCGGUAGAUGAGAAGAUAUAUGGGCUGGGCGAGCGUUUCGGCCCAUUCAUCAAGAAUGGGCAGAAUGUAGGGAUGUGGAAUGCGGAUGGAGGGACGAGCUCGGAACAGGCGUACAAGAAUGUUCCGUUCUAUCUGAGCUCGAGGGGGUAUGGGGUGUUUGUCAAUCAAACUGAAGAGGUGGAGUUUGAGGUGGGCAGGGAGAAGUGCUCGAAAGUGGGGUUCAGCGUCAAGGGGGAGAAGCUAGAGUAUUACGUCUUUGGAGGGGGGUCGAUGAAGGCUGCGCUCUCCAACUACGUCAAGCUCACAGGCAUGCCAGCCCUACCGCCUGCCUGGUCAUUCGGUCUAUACCUUUCGACGUCUUUCACCACGUCUUACGACCAAGCGACAGUCACCUCCUUCCUCGAAGGCAUGCGAUCUCGAGGCUGCCCCGUCCGAGUCUUCCACCUCGACUGCUUCUGGAUGAAACGCUAUGACUGGUGUUCCUUUUCGUGGGAUCCCGAAGCCUUCCCUGACCCAAAAAAGUACCUCGCCGAAAUCAAGCAAGAGUACAAUAUCAAGGUCUGCGCCUGGGUCAACCCAUACAUCGCCCAGCGUGCGAACAUCUUCAAGGAGGGCAAGGAGAAGGGGUACUUUUUGAAGCGGACCGACGGGAGCGUGUGGCAGUGGGACGAAUGGCAGCCGGGAAUGGCCGUGGUGGAUUUCACAAACCCCGAAGCGUGCAAGUGGUAUGCUGGCCUCAUCACGACACUCAUGGCCACCGGCGUCGAUACGAUCAAGACGGACUUCGGGGAGCGGAUUCCUCAUCUUGAUGUCAAGUGGCACGAUGGCUCUGAUCCAAUCAAGAUGCACAACUACUACGCCCAUCUGUACAACAAGGUCGUCUUCGAGGCGAUUCAAAGCCAGUCCGGGCCCGACUCUGCCGCUCUCUUUGCUCGUUCGGCCACUGCGGGCGGCCAGCGUUUCCCGAUCCACUGGGGAGGGGACUGCGGCUCGACUUUCACCGCCAUGGCCGAGUCUAUAAGGGGAGGCUUGAGUCUGACGAGCUCGGGCUUUGCAUUCUGGUCGCAUGACAUUGGCGGAUUUGAGGGCUUGCCCGCGGAAGAGGUGUAUUGUCGCUGGGUCGCUUUUGGGCUCUUCUCUUCACACUCCCGUCUGCAUGGCUCGAGCUCAUAUCGUGUGCCCUGGAACUAUGGUGAUCUCGCCGUCUCGGUCACCUCGAAAAUGAUCAAUGCCAAACUCCGACUCAUGCCCUACAUCUACGCCCAAGCUAUCAAAGCGACCAACACCGGUAUCCCGUUCAUGCGCUCCAUGAUCCUCGAAUUCCCGGACGACCCGACGUGCGCCUACCUCGAUAAGCAAUACAUGUUUGGCGACAACAUCCUCGUCGCUCCCGUCCUGCACGCCACGACGGCCAAAUUCUACCUCCCCGCUGGCGUCUGGACGGAUUUUUUUACCGAGGAGACUAUUACGGGUCCAAGAUGGGUCACCAAGGACGAGUACCCGCUGGAUGCGCUCCCGGUGUAUGUGCGGGAGGGGACGGUGCUCUUGCUGGGUCCCGAAGGGGUGACGGUGCCGGAUUAUGAGUAUGGGAAGGUCGAACUAGAGGCGAGGUCUUAUCAGCUGAAAGAGGGGCAGCAGGUGGUGGUGGAUGUGCCGACGGGGAAGGGGAAGGACAUGGCGGGUAGCAUCAGGGUGGGAGCCAAGGGUGUGAUCGAUGCUUGGGGACUGAAGAUUAGAUUGCGAAAGUGA